AUGUGGUGUCGACCAUUUAGUGCUGAUGCUAAUGGUUCUGCUAAAGGUGAUGAUCUUGGUCUUUUAUUAUUAAAACGAUUAAGUGAUGCUGAACGUGAUUGUGGUCAUGAUGGAAAUGAAGAAAAAAUAAAUUUUGUUGUACCAUCAGCUGCUGGACAAGGACGUUUAUUAGCAAAUAUUUAUUCACAAAAUAAUUUCGAUACUCGAAAAAUCUUAUUUGUUGAAGCGCAUAGUAGAGGCACACCAGUUGGUGAUCCAAUUGAAGCUAAUUGUUUAGAUCGAUUUUUUAAUCGAUCAAAUCUUGAUCCACCAUUAUUAUUAUGUUCAAUUAAAAGUAAUUUAGAACAUACUGAAGGUGCAGCUGGUAUUGCAUCACUUAUUAGAGUUGCUAUGUGUAUGUAUUAUCGUAGUAUUACAGCAAAUAUGCAAUUUACUUCACUUAAUCCGAAAAUAGAAGCACAAAAAUAUAAUUUAUAUAUUCUUCAAAAUUCUGUACCAUUUCCAACACUUCUAAAUAAUGAAAAAGUAGCUAUUGGUGUUAAUUCAUUUGAUAUGGGUGGUACGACGACACAUGCUAUUAUUGAAGAGUAUCAACUAAAUAAAACAUCAAUUGAAAAUGAUUAUAUCGAUCACGAAAAUCAUAUUCAAAGCAAACAAGAAUAUCCACAAUUAUAUGAAAGUGAACCAUUAUUUAAUAAAUGGAUUAGUUUAAUUGAUGGAGAAAUGACAAAAAUUAACAAUGGUGAAUGGAGAUUAUUAGAAGAAUUAAUUGAAAAGAAAAAUGAACAAGAAUCUCGUAUUAAUGAUACAAAUAUUGCUCAACCAACAUUAAAUAUUUAUCCAUCAUCAAUUAUAUCACAUAGUGCUGGUGAUCAAGCAGCUGCUUUUGUUGCUGAUCGUUUAAGUUUAGAAGAAACUGUUCGUAUGUUAGCUGUUUCAAUGAGUGAAGAAGAAGUAGAAAAUAAACUUCUUAAAGAUAUUGAACAUUUGGCUUGUAUUGCUGUUGUUGAUAGUCCUCGUUCAGUGACAAUAAGUGGUGAUGAAACACAACAAAUACUUUCAAUCUCUUAUCCAAAUAUAUUUAAAGCAUGUGUUCGUAUUGAAAAUGCAUUUCAUUAUAUCAAAUAA